AUGACCAUGGAUGUCAGAGGAGUUCUGGAGUUUGCCACGGUCACUAGGGGUAUCUCCUUGUUUUUACAGGCUGUCCUGAACGCUGCCAUCCCUGAUCAUGAAGCUGAUGCCUUCAGGCCCCCUCGGACAGAGGAGCCCUUGUACUUGGACUCUGUGGUGGAGUGGCUGUUCGGUGGCCUCUCACACUGGGAUGCAGAGCAUUUCCUCUUCAUCGCAGAGAGAGGAUAUCUCUACGAGCACAACUUUGCAUUUUUCCCCCUCUUUCCCGUCAUCCUGCGGGGGCUGGCGGAGACGCUGCUGUGGCCCCUCAGCGGCUGGCUGAGCAUGCGGGGGCGGCUGCUGCUCGCCGUGUCUCUGGGUAACAGUGCUCUCUUCCUGCUAAGUGUGGUCGCCCUGUACGCCCUCAGCAGAACAGUCCUGCAGGACAGAGGUCUCGCUCUGCUCUCCAGCCUUCUGUACUGCAUCACACCCGCCAAUGUUUUUAUGACGGCCGGCUACUCGGAGAGUCUGUUCGCUGCGCUCACGUUUGGCGGUCUGUUCCUCCUGGAGAAAGGCUUCACCUUCAGAGCCUGCUUGGCCCUCAGCAUCGCCGCCGCAGCACGCUCCAACGGACUUGUUAACAUGGGGUUUCUUCUUUAUCUCCCCUCGCUGCACGCCAUUUCACAGAUUCGCGUUUAUCGUGCAACAAGAAAAGGCUGCAGUAAAGUCCUGCACUACAUCUGGGUCCUCGUCCGCCUCCUGCUCACCUCCUUCUUAGGGACAACAGUUAUCGCCCUCCCCUUCUGUGCGUUUCAGUACUACGGCUACAGGACGUUCUGCACCCCGUCCACCUCCCUGGAGCAGGUUCAUCCUGCUCUUCUGUCUCUGGCUGAGCGGAGGGGUUACCGUGUCCCAAAUGAAAACGGUCCCCCUCCCCUGUGGUGCAUGAGACCCCUUCCUUUGCUUUAUUCACACAUUCAGGACGUGUACUGGGACGUGGGCUUCCUCCGCUACUUUGAGCUGAAACAGAUACCCAACUUUAUUCUGGCUUUGCCUAUGGCUACGCUCGGCAUUGUGGCCAUUUAUGCAUAUUUUCAAGCCAAUCCCGAACUCUGCUUAAGACUCGGACUUUGGGACACGGGUGCAAAAACGGGACUGGACAAACCCACACCGGGCUUCUUCAAUCCCAAAGUCUUUGUGUAUGUCGUGCAUUCAGCAGUGCUCCUUGUGUUUGGGACGCUGUGCAUGCACGUACAGGUUUUAACCAGAUUUAUGGCCUCCUCGUCUCCUGUGCCCUUCUGGAUAAGUGCUCACCUGCUCCUUCUGAACGAGCCUCUUCUUCAUCGAAGGAAAACUCCGAAUCCCAACGUGCAUUUACAGACUAAUGUCAAAAACAGUUGCAAGCACAGUCCCCGUAACCCCAUCAUUGCACUGCUGCCACAAUUUAAAGUCUGUUCUCCAACCACUCAGUGCAUUCUGGGAUACUUCCUCUCAUACUGGCUGCUGGGCCUCGCACUUCACUGUAAUUUCUUGCCAUGGACUUGACUUUUUACUCUUCGGAUUAUUUUAUUUACGUGUAGAACUGGGAUAAAAUGUUUUUUCCAGAACAAUUAUUAAAAGUUGCUGAGUUUUGAUACAACCUUGCCU